GCGACCGCGGCGCGCAGCGGGAGCCAUGGGGAACCGCGUCACCCGCGGGGAUUUCGAGUGGGUCUACACGGAGCAGCCCCACACGCAGCGCAGGAAGGAGAUCCUGGCAAAGUAUCCACAGAUCAAGACUCUGAUGGGACCGGAUCCACAUUUAAAGUGGAUUGUAUCUGGAAUGGUUUUCGUGCAGUUUCUAGCAUGCUACCUGGUGAAAGACUUAUCUUGGAAAUGGAUUUUCUUCUGGGCUUAUGCUUUUGGGGGUUGCAUCAACCAUUCCCUGACCCUAGCCAUCCAUGAUAUUUCACACAACGUCGCCUUUGGGAACAAGCAGGCCAAGUGGAACCGAUGGUUUGCAGUCUUUGCCAACCUGCCGAUUGGCAUCCCUUAUUCUGCCUCCUUCAAGAAAUACCACAUUGACCAUCAUCGGUACCUUGGUGGGGACAGCCUGGAUGUGGACAUUCCCACAGACUUUGAAGGCUGGUUCUUCUGUACACCACUUCGGAAACUGCUUUGGCUUUUCCUCCAGCCUCUAUUCUACAGUCUGAGGCCACUGUAUGUGAACCCCAAAGCAAUUACAAGGAUGGAAAUUUUUAAUGCUCUCGUCCAGUUUUCUAUAGACCUUAUAAUUUACUACCUUUGGGGGCUCAAACCUAUUAUUUACUUAAUAGCAGGUACAAUUCUUUGCAUGGGUUUACAUCCCAUUUCUGGGCACUUCAUAGCAGAACACUAUAUGUUCUUGAAAGGGUAUGAGACAUACUCUUAUUACGGACCUCUGAACUGGCUCACCUUUAAUGUAGGGUACCACAUGGAGCAUCAUGACUUCCCCAGCAUUCCUGGAUGCAGGCUGCCAAUGGUGAAGAAGAUUGCAGCAGAAUAUUACGAUAACCUCCCACAUCACCAGUCCUGGAUUCGAGUUCUGUGGGACUUUGUUUUUGAUGACACUAUUGGCCCUUAUUCAAGGGUUAAGAGACUAUGCAAGCUGGCGAAGGAAAGCUAAUGGACUAACUCCGUCUGCUGCAUCCGUGUUUUGUUUGUUCAUCUGAAUGACUUGAAUUUUCUGCAGAAGGAUGUGUUUGUGUGCUGAAGUAGCAUUGGUGUGUGCUCCUUGGACCAAGAGGAUGAGUGUGAAACUGAAGCAGUUGGAUGCACUAUUUCAGAUUAUUGAUACUUUUUAACAAAGGAUAUUUGUAUAUGUAGCCCUUAGAAUGUAGAUUAGAGUGAGCUGUGAUUAUAUGAACCUUUGGUCUAGGCUUAGAGUUAACUUCCUGGGCCACAUGUGAGCUUUGACCUGGUCUGCAACAGAGAAUGGUGUGUGUAUGUGUGAGCACGCAUGUGUGUAGUUGAGGACCGGCUUCUCUUGGUGCCAGAUGAGGUGUGGAUGCUCUGCAUGCACAGGACUGCAGAAGCCAGGAGGACUGGCAUGCAGCAGCAAAUGAUACUUUCUGGAGAACACAAGGGUGCCUUUAGCUCAAUCUAGUGUCUUCUGACAAUGGCUGGUAGCAGAGAUUUUGUAUAUGCAAUGAAAUAUGUUUAUGUUUUUGUACGUUUUGAUCAUUAUUUUAGUAGCUGCUGUUUGACUUUUAUUCCAGGGCUUUGUAUAAACUUUUUCUGAAUCCAUUACUAUUCUUAAGAUCUAAUACUCAGUGUUGCUAAGUGGCAGAGAUGAAGUGUGACAUGGAGAAACCUUUCCUUUAGUCUGCUUGCUAUCUGAUCAGCAACCUGGAUGCGUCCCCAGAGGAACUGGGUGGUCCCUCCUCACUCAGCUUUUCAAUAGUGUUCAUAGUUUCUUGUUUCUUAUACUUUUCCGCACUAUAAGGCUUUCUGAGGGUGGAAAGGUGCUAGAUUUAAUUGCUGCUUACGAAGAUUGUUACUAUUCCUGAUCAUCUUUCUUGGUCUUCUCUGUGUUAUAGCCCUUUCUGUCAACAGGAGUAUGUGCCAGUGAAGACAUGGAGACAUUACGGUAGUAUUUGUUUCUAACUGCUUUCAGAAUAAUUGUAACUUUUUUGUUCUGUCAUUCAAGGGGCACUGAUGACAUUUGGGAAGUAAGUGAUGCUCCAACUAUGUAAAAUCUGUCACUGAUGGGGCUAAGGGGAUGGGUGUUCAGGGAACAUGGUGCUGGGGUUGUGUCUCUCCCUAGGUGUCUUACUUUGUGUUAUUCACGGUAGCUUUCAUCUGCUAUGUCUACCCACUGGAAUAAGCCUUCCCUGCCUGUCCUCUCCAACUAUCAACUUCUGGCUACCCUCAAUAAUUAUGUGUCGUCAAAAACCUUAAUCACCAAGCAGAAUGAUAUCCUGGGAGUCAGGAGUUCAGGUGCCAUCUUAUAACUUCCCUCCACCCUGGAAAGCUAACAACUUAUUUCUGUCCUUACCAAGUGGUUAAAAGAGAAUAGAUCUACAAAGGUCCUUGUAUACCCUAACCCUCUAACAGUAUGACUUUUUUGUUUUCCUCUGGAAAUCCAUGUCUGUAACAAAGAAAAGGAUUAUUCUGCAUUGCUUUGGGUCUCUCGAAGUAUGCCAUUAGACCUGGGAAGCCCAUUUUCUCCAUAAAUACAGUUUCAUUCCUUCCUCCUACAGCACUGGAUCCCGUGAGUCAGUGUGUCCUUGAGCUAGCCUGGCGUAGUGGGCAGCUGAGCCUGUCCUCGUGUGUCUGGGUAAAUACCUUUGUGAUGCAGGGGCUGGACACCAGUUCAUUCACAGAUAUUGUUUUGGUCUCGUUCUCUUUCUGGAAAAGAUGAGGAAGAACAGGAUUUCUUCUAACGCUUCAGACUUCACUGGUUCUUCAGGUACCUCUUCUCCCAGAGGAGGAGGCUUUGGUGUGGGAACUACUGUUGAGUUCUUUGUGUUCAUGUGAGGAGCUUCACUUUAUUAAUUUACUUCAGUGUUGCUGCCACUCCAUGAUCACACAUUCAACUUCCCGUGUCCUUAGCAAGCUUGGCCAAUGUCGCAAGUUAAUAUAAAAACCACAAUAAAGAUUAUGCUAUCUUCUUUAAUCUGACUAUGGUCCUUCUCCUCUAUGGAGAGUCACCUUUCCCUUACUCAGCUCUUCCAUGAUGCAGUGACCUGUGUGGUCUAUAGAUUACUAGCCUAGCCUGACACAGAGGCUGUGGUGUAAAUAGAGGGUAGCCAAAAUUGGCAAUAGCUUCUUAUCCUGCCUCCCAUCAGUAUUUCCAUGACAGGCCCACCUUGCUUUGCCUGGGGAGCCCUACAGCCCUCCUGCUCUGCACUCUCCAUCUCAGUGGGAAUCUGAAGUGGAUGGAAGCCUGGUGCCUGCAGAUGUGUGGUGCAAGUGGAGUUCCAAUACGUGUGGGUGCUGCUGGAGAAGGCUGUGAUCCUGUCCUCCCCGUGGGUACUUGUCCUUGCCACUACCAGUGAAGUUUCCAGAAGCAGGUUUGGUUUUUUUUUAUACCACAGGGCAAAUGGGUCUGUGUUAAAAGAACACUUGGGGCUAUCUAUAGUUUUAUUCUCGUUGCUUAAAAAUUAAUCCAGAUCCCCUUUGUUGUGUGGCCAUACUAAUGCUCUGGCAAGAUGAAAUAGGAGGGACGCAGAGCUGUAUGACAGGUUAGAGUGGAGGUGAGUGCCCCUUUUGAUUUCUGCUGAUGUGAGAUGCCUGGGGCCUGCCCUGUUGCAGCAGUACCCUCCGCAAGCCCAUUGGAAUGGGCUGCCCAGGGAGGUGGUUGAGGCACCAUCCCUGGAGGUGUUCAAAAGACGGGUUGAUGUAGUGCUGGGAGGUAUGGUUUAGUGAUGAUGCUCCUUGUUUGUUGUGUGGGUGUCUAUUUUUGUCAGUUAGGUUGAUGGUUGGACAAGAUGAUCUUUAAGGUCCCUUCCAACCUAGAAGAUUCUGUGAUUCUGUGACACCCUUCUCUACAGAGCCCACAGGCAAACUCAACCCACGUGAGGGAGGGGGAACUCCUUCUGGCAGUGUCACUACUGUGGAUAAGCUGCUCUCCACAUCUCUGCACAUCGCAGGAGCUGUAAGGUGGGAACCAGGGAAAUGCUGGUGACACCAGGACUGCUCCCCUGCCCCUAUCAGCCCAGCUUCUCCUUCCACCCCUGCGCACCUUGCUCCCACAGCUGUUAAGUGGCCCUGUGCAAACUGCAGCUCAUUAUGUCUUAAUUACACGAGGCCUGCAAAGGUAGAAGAAGCAAGAAAGGAAAAACUCAUUUACAGCAGGUGGCUGAUGUUAACAGAGGGCACAGCAUAGCCAAGCUGAAUUACAAGGCAGUUAUUACUGACCUUAGGCAUAAUGCCACAUUCCAAGGCAAGACAUGAACCGUGCCAGGCCCCAACUUCCUGAAGCUUAAUUAAGAUUACGGGAGAGUUUCACUAAACAGUUGUGAUCAUCUGAGAGGCAGCAGUUUUGAAAACUACCUGCCGUUGUCUGGUAGGCCAUUAUAUGGGUUUAUAAUUAAGAAACGCAUGAGCUACUGUACGAGAUUUAUGCAACAGAGCAUUAUAAUCUUUGCUAUUACUGAUGCUUGUCUGUGUUCUUCCUACUGGAAAGGCUCCUUCUCCUGGUCUGGGCUUGUCGUAUUGUGGUGCAUAUCAAUGUCUGCCUGCUUUAGUUCCCAUGUGGACAUCUUAACCCUGCUGCCUAACCUGUCUCUCGCCUUCUGCUGCCAUUCAACAGCAAACAGCCAUCAGGAUCAGUCUGGAGCUCACCGUUGCAUUAAACUCAGAUUUCUCCCAUUUCUCCUGUAUUUCAUCUAAAGUAUAACGACGUUGUAAAAAAGACAUUUCUAAAAGGCAGGUUAUAUGUUUCUUUGAAGAGUGCUGAAGGCCAACCGCCUGCUCUCCAAGCCAAAGCAGGUAAUAUUUUACAACUAACUGCAAAGCACGCCCUACCCCGCCUCCUCUCCUGGCUCUCCUGGACCUGGCAGGCAGUGUCUCCUGCCUCUGCCAUCCUCUGAGAGCUCUGGGGGACACAAUCAAGGGGACAGCCACAGCCUCUUCUGGGCUGCUGUGCCAGGCUCUGCUCCCGAAGCCAUAACUGGGGCCUGACUUUAAAAAGAAAAGCUUCAGGAAGGCCUGAAGCAAAGCAGGGGGCUGGGGAAAUAUUUGACAGAUUUCCAUAGCUGAACUCCAAUCCUUGGCCUUUUGCACAAAGUUAUCAAGAAGAUGGUAUCAAGACAACUGUGGUGUAAAGCUUGCACCAAAUUAAGUCAAGCAGAAAUCCCCAAGAUUGCACUGGUGGAAAGAAUGGCUCUAAAGGAAAAAAAAAAAGUGCAUGACCUGAAAGCUAUGACUGAUUCAGUGUCCUGUACUUCUAUCUUUGACUUCACUUCCAUGAAAUGAAGCUCAAGACGAAUGCAACAUGUAAGAUAUUAACAAAUGACUCCCCUUAAGCCUCUAGUUCAGCAGUGCUGUGGCAGUGAUUUCCUCUUCCACCCUCCUAAUGCCUUCUGUAGCCUUGUUCUGCACAACUACCUCCCUUUUAUUUACGGGGAGCUCUUAGGAGCACAGGUGAUGGGAUCUGGGUUUUUUUUUCAGCCAUGGUUUUUUUUCAGUCUCGGGCACCACCUUCUCAUCGUCAACCCAAGCGACAUCAAAGAGUGGGAGCUCAAAGGAUAAAUGAAACAAAGGAAGGCAGGGCCAUGUGGACAAU